AUGGUGUUCCAGUACAAGCGCAUUCUCCUCGUUGGCGCCACGGCCGGCAUUGGAGCUGCUCUGGCAGACAAGUUCAUCGAGGAGGGAGGAUCCAAGGUGAUUGCCGUCGGCCGUCGCCAGGACCGUCUCGACGCCUUUGUUGCCAAGCACGGCGCAGAGAGAGCCAGCGCCAUCCGCUUCGACGUCACCGACAGAGCUGGCCUUGAUGCCUUUGUUAACAAGGUCGUCCAGACAUACCCCGACCUGGACUGUGUCUUUCUCAACUCAGGCACCCAGAGCCAACUGAAGCUCACUCAAUCGGAAGAACUCGAUCUCGACGCUAUCCACCGCGACUUUGAGGUCAACUAUACUUCCAUCGUGAACCUUGCCCUCAAAUUCCUGCCUCACCUGAAGAAGAAGGAUUAUCCCACCGCCAUGAUCGUCACAGGCUCCACGCUCGCCGUCGUCCCCGCAUUUGCCAUGCCGUCGUACAGCGCCUCCAAAGCGGCGCUCAAGGCCUUUUUCGAAUCUCUUCGACAGCAAUACCAGGGUGUCUCGAAGAUCAAGUUUAUCGAGAUUCUGCCUCCCGCUGUUCAAACUGAGCUCCACGAUUACAUGGGACUUGAGCGCGGCAGAGCUCUAGGCAUGCCCCUUGCUGAGUUCACCGAGAAGGCGUACGCCGGGCUUGUGCAAGGUAAGGAGGAGAUUAUCAUCGGACAACUUGCUGGAUGUUCGGAGGAGGACACGCACGCCUUUUUGGCAAGGAGGGCCGAACUGUUUGACGCCAUUUCUAAGCAACUGAUGGUUCAUUUUAAACCCUAA